AUGUCGUUGGACCUUGCUAAGUGGGAGCUCCCUGGAGACAGCCCAAGCCAGCAGGCGCCAGCCUUAAACAUGCCACUAGUGCUCCUUCUAGCUGCGGCUUUGCUCGGGCUUCUUUUAGCCGUGUAUAGCCACGCGUAUGUCUUCGCAACACUGAUCGCGACUCAAACACCCUAUCCGAGACUGAAUUCAUCAGUCUCGCGCCAGCAUUUCAGAGGUCUUUCCAUCUUCGUCCUCCAUCGGCUGGCCAAGAUCUGUAUGAUUUCUAUGUUUUCUAUGAAGGACUUCAGUCCACUGAAGUACGGUUUUCUCAGCUUAACAGCCGACUUGCUACUUUCAUGCCUGAGAGUAGCUAAUGUGCUCACAAUUCUAAACCAACACUCGGGAACCCUUCCUUACUCUCGUUGCAUUCCAACGUGGUCAAUGUGGUCGAAGGCCUUCACAUCAAUUAUGCUGCAAAGCACUGCCUCAAGUAUAUGCUUUUACCUCCCUACCUACUUGAUUCAAUUGGCUGGUGCUUUAGAGGAGCGGCUAGAGGUCUCAGAAACGGUGCAGUUUAUCAGUCUUCUGGGCACUAUUAUAGUUCUUUACUUUGGGAUGGUUGUUCCGGCAUAUGCAAUCUUUCUUCGAGUCACCGCCUCUGCACAGAGGGGUGAGUCGAUGACUAUCAGAGGCGCCUGGCAAGGGUUCCGGUGGUCAUCUCAGGUUCACUUUUUCAGAUUACUUGGCGAGGUUCUCGUCUUGGAAGCAGGUGUCACCAUCGUUAUUUUUGUGUCUGUGCUCGCUUUGUGUCAUCCUGAUUUGCAUGAUGGUGUUUUUCAAUUUUGUGUUAAAUACUUUGGCUAG